AUGCCGGGCCUGACCGCGCGGCUCGAGCUGGACUACAAGCGGCGGAUCGCCGCGCCGGCGGUGCUGCAUGUGGCUACAGAGGUGGAGUCUGUGGAGCCCCGGAAGGUCUGGAUGCGCGCGACCGUGCGCGACGGCGACGGGGUCACGUAUGCGACCGGCCGCGCGCUGUUCGUCGCGCCCAACAUAAUGAAGCAGCUCGGGCUGGCCGCGCGGCGGGAGGACGCCGCCAGGCAGGCCGGCGCGCCUGUCGCGCUCGCGUGA